AAAUGAUAACAGCCUAUCUAAAACGGAAAAAACCUUAUCUCUGCUAGUUUUUGCAUCUCUUUCUGCAUUCAGUUAUCUAUUCAUUUCAUGUCAUCAACAACCGCUCAACAUCCACGCUGACUCACCCAUCAUCAAUGGCUGCUUCACCUUCUUCAGCUCUCAAUUCCCUCUCUUCUCUCUCUUUCCGUUCUUCAUCUUCCUCUUCUUGUUUCUCUCUUCUCCCCACUACCAACAAACUCACUUUCCCACUCCUCACUAAAACAACCCCACUCUCCCAUUCCUUCACCGCCAAAUCCACCUUCUUCGAAGAACAACAACAACAAGAAGAAGACCUUCCAUUCGACCCACCCGAAAUCCCUGAAGACUUCGUCGAACCACCUUCCAUCUUCGACGAACCAGAAGAAGACGAAGACAAAAUCACCGCCGCUUACGAAGAACUUUACGGCCCAGCCUACAGUGGAGUUAGUGUAUUGGGAAAUGACGUAAACGUGAUGCAGUCAAAGGUGGGUAAGGAUACGGGAAUUGGGGGUACGAAGAAGAAACAGAGAGGUAAGAUAAAAGAUGGGUUUGAAGAAAGAGUUAUUCAAGUUAGAAGGGUUACUAAGGUUGUUAAAGGUGGGAAACAAAUGAGGUUUAGAGCUGUUGUUGUUAUUGGUGAUAAGAAUGGUCAAGUUGGUGUUGGUGUUGGUAAAUCUAAGGAAGUUAUUUCUGCUGUUCAGAAAUCUGCUAUUGAUGCUAGAAGGAAUAUUGUUACUGUUCCUAUGACUAAGUACUUGACUUUUCCUCAUAGAGCUGACGGAGAUUUUGGAGCAGCAAAGGUGAUGCUUAGACCUGCUUCUCCCGGUACCGGAGUUAUUGCAGGUGGGGCUGUGAGAAUUGUUCUUGAAUUGGCAGGUGUUGAAAAUGCUUUGGGGAAACAAAUAGGAAGUGACAAUGCACUCAACAAUGCCAGAGCAACUGUUGUUGCAGUGCUGAAAAUGAAGCAGUUCAGUGAGGUCGCCGAAGAGCGUGGGUUGCCUAUGGAAGAGUUAUGGAAGUAAAUGAAAUUUGUGAAGCCAAUGUAAUUUUCAAAUCAUUGUGAUGUAGAACUGGUGUUAGUACCUCAGACAUUGUUCCAACUUUUGUUGAAUGUUUCCUGGAAGUAAACACUUCAAAAUUCUAUAUUCUUCAUUUGCUUGUUUCAUCUGUAUUUAUGAUUCUCCAGUUUAUGAUUUUGCUUUGACAAAACUUAGAACAUGUUCCCUGUUUUUGUACUUUUAAAUUCUCAAAAUGAAUAAUGAUACAUGGACAUGUUUGAUCUGCUUUUA